AUUGGGGCGAGCUCACUCUAUGAAAAGAGUUGAAGUGCUGGCAUUUGGUAUUUUGGUUGAAGGAACAACCUUAGUAAUAAUAUGAAGGGGUACGAGGUAUGGACCUCAAUCUUCAACACCACCACCUUCUUCCCUUUCAAUGAUAAUCUCUCCCUCACUCUUUCCUUCUCUUCACCUUCCUUCCACAACCAAAGGACAAGACUUGUAGCUCACAAUCUCAAACCCCAUAUUCUCCUAUGCGCCUCUCUCCCCAGUCCACAAGCUAGCAGUGCUUCCACAGCUCAAGUGGGGGAGCAGGAAGAGGUUGAAAUUGCAGAGGGUUACACUAUGACUAAAUUUUGUGACAAAAUGAUAGAUUUGUUUUUGAAUGAGAAGACCAAAUCAAAGGAAUGGAGGAAUUACCUGGUAUUUAGGGAGGAGUGGAAUAAAUACAGGGAUAGUUUCUACAGUAGGUGCCAGAAAAGGGCAGACAUGGAGAAUGACCCAACCAUGAAAGAAAAAUUCAUUUCAUUGAGGAGAAAGGUGAAGAAGAUUGAUGAAGAAAUGGAAGGACACUGUGAACUUCUCAAGGAGAUACAAGAUAGCCCGACUGACAUUAAUGCCAUAGUCGCACGAAGGCGCAAAGACUUUACAGGAGAAUUCUUCCGCUACCUUACUCUUAUUUCAGACACGUAUAACAGUUUGGAGGAUCGUGAUGUGAUUGCCAGGCUCGGGACUAAAUGCUUGUCAGCUGUCAGUGCAUAUGAUAAUACUCUAGAGAAUGUGGAGCUGGAGACGUUAGAUGCUGCACAGGCCAAAUUUGAUGAUAUCCUAAAUUCUCCUUCUGUUGAUGUAGCUUGUCAGAAGAUCAAAAGCCUUGCAAAGGCAAAGGAACUUGAUUCUUCAUUGAUACUGUUGAUAAGCAGUGCUUGGGCUAAAGCAAAAGAAUCUACAACAAUGAAGAAUGAGGUGAAAGACAUAAUGUACCAAUUGUACAAGGCCACGAAGAACAGCCUAAGGAGUAUUAUUCCAAAAGAAAUAAAGCUACUCAAGUAUUUGUUAAAUAUCAUAGAUCCCGAGGAGCGAUUUUCUGCAUUGGCAACAGCUUUCUCCCCUGGCGAUGGACAUGAAGCCAAGGACCCUGAUGCUUUGUACACCACCCCAAAGGAGCUGCACAAGUGGAUUAAGAUCAUGCUUGAUGCAUAUCAUCUGAACAAGGAAGAAACAGAUUUAAGAGAAGCAAGGCAGAUGAUUCAGCCUAUAGUUAUUCAGAGGUUAUUUAUCCUCAAGGACACUAUUGAAGAGGAAUAUAUGAAAAAAGGUGAAUUUCAGAAGUCAGAGACAGAAAAUGACUCUAAGUCAGAAGAGUUUUAAGGUGCUUGUCAUAAUCGUUCAUUCUUGCCCAUUAGUUUCCCAUUCCUUGCCUUUGUCAAGAGGAGCAGGGUGAAUCAGGUUUGAAGUGGAGAAAACGACUAAAUGUGAGAAAAAUGAAUGAAGUAGCUACCUUCUCUCGGACAAAUCUUUAGUGUACGUUUGUUAACUGUAGUGUACAUUUUUACUUUUUAUAUAGUAGGAUUUCUAUUA